GUGAAGGUUCUUGGGGCUCGCAAGCUGGUGGGCUUGAUCUCGGCUCUGUGGGGGUCGUGCAGCGCGGCGCGGGGAGCCGGGAUGGAGAGUCGGUGCUACGGCUGCGCUGUCAAGUUCACCAUCUUCAAAAAGGAGUACGGCUGUAAGAAUUGUGGCCGGGCCUUCUGUUCUGGCUGCCUUCACUUCAGCGCUGUGGUGCCCCGGGCUGGCAAUACCCAACAGAAAGUCUGCAAGGAGUGCCAUGAGGUCCUGACCAGAGGAUCUUCUCCCAAUACCUCCAAAUGGUCACCUCCUCAGAACUAUAAGAAGCGCGUGGCAGCCUUGGAAGCCAAGCAGAAGCCCAGCGCUCCCCAAAACCAGGGCCUGAGCCACCCCGACCAACUCAUUGCUGAGCGCCUUGCGCGGCUCCGCCAGGAGAACAAGCCCAAGUCAGUACCCUCACCAGCCGAGAUAGAGGCCAGGUUGGCUGCGCUGCGAGAUGAACCCCAGCGUCCCAUCCCUUCCACCCAGGAAAUGGAGGCGCGGCUCGCUGCCCUGCAGGGCAGACCUCCACCUGCACAGGCCUCUCAGCCGGCCCAUCAGCCACCGGACACCAGGACCCAGACUCAGCAGGCACAGGAUCUGCUGACUCAGCUGGGAGCUGAGGUGGCCAUUGACCAGAGCUGGGAGCUGGGAGGCCCAGCUGCACCCCUACAGAAGGCCUGCAACCAGGACGGCCCCGGGAGCAGCAACUGGUCCCCGGAGGAGGAGAAGAGCAGGCUGCUGGCUGAGGCAGCUGUCGAGCUGCGGGAGGAGAAGACGAGGCAGGAGCGGACUCUGGCCCUGGCCAAACGAUUGGCUGUGCUGCAGGGACGGGACCCCGAAAAAGUGACACUUCAGGACUACUUCCCCGACAGUGAUGAUGAGGACGAGGAGACAGCCGUCCAGAGACUCCUGCGGCAGCUCACCGAGGAAGCUGCCCUGGAUGAGGCAAGUGGCUUCAAUAGCCCCCGGGAUUCAGCUCUGCCACCCCAGGCCCCAUCCUGCAGGCCACGGGCUAAGGCCCAGACCAAGGAGGAGGAGGAGGAAGAGGAGGAGCUCCCCUGGUGCUGCAUCUGUAACGAGGAUGCCACCCUCCGCUGCCGUGGCUGUGACGGAGACCUCUACUGUGCCCGCUGCUUCCGGGAAGGCCAUGAUGACUUUGAUCUUAAAGAGCAUCAGGCAUCAACCUACUGCCCCCCACGUGCCAGCCGAGAGCGCUGAGGACUCCCUGGAGAGGCAGUUCUUUGCACUGGGAUGCCCAUCUCUGACUCGGCCGCAGGGACUCAUGAGAGGCGAGACUGCUGGUGGAUGUGCCCUUUCCCCAUCCUCCAUUUCCCGGGACAAGAAAGAGCCUCCAUUUCAGACAGCGACCAGAGUAGCUGAUGAAAAGAUGGAGUUGGGAACACUCCAGCUUCAAAGCCCAAACUGGAAUGAGAAGCAUGAAGGAGAAAGACCAGACUAAAUCUGCAAAGCCAAGCUGAAUCUUCCAGGGCUCUUCCUUGGUACUUAGUGUAUACAAUAAAGUACAUUGGCUCAGA